AUGAUAUCCCUUGCCCACCAGCUGUGUAGGAGCCUCCAGGCACCGGCAACGAUGAAAAGAUUCCGAGACGCUGGGAUAGGAAUUGCGUUCAUCGUUCUCAACCAAUUCCUCGUCGUACCCAUCCAGAUUCUACUUGACCUGCAUUCUUUUAGCCUUCCAGCUUCCGUAUUAGUCAUGCUCCUUUUCUGGAUAUUCAUGAUCGUCGCGAACUACAUUCACGGAGGUACUGCACAAUUCUACAACAAGCAUUUACGUGGACCGACCGAUUUCCUUGGCCGUCACAUGUCCUUUGGGUUCGUGGCUUCGUUUAUAAUGCUCAACAAGGAGCAUACACCCAGUGCCAUCGAGGUUCUUAGAAUUUCCGGCGCCUUCCUUACGACCACUCUAAUAAGUUACAUCGGCGCUUACUUAAUUACAGCGGGAAGCUUCAAGGUAGAGCAACGAUUCCGGGGUCAACAAAUGAACGUGUGUGACCCGGAAAAUAGCAACAAGUCUUGGCCCAGUUCUUGCACGGCAUUACCGACGCCACCAACAGAAGGAUCCCCAAGACCCUUAUCCCAACUGUCUCAGAUAAGUGUGACCAUCGUGAAAACUGACUCUUUUACUUCGAUUGAGCCGGCUGAAAAGAACUCGACCUCGCAAUUUAUCGAUCAUGUUGUUCUCACAGCCCCUCUAUGGAUCUGUUUCUUCCUCCUUACCAUAGUCGGAAUUCCAGUAUCAAUUGCGACUCGUUACGAAACACCAUUCGAGGCUCUGUGUUUCGUACUGUUCUGGAUCUUAUCUGUCCAAUUCCAAAGAUCAUUGAAGGCACCAUGUCGCCUUCAGCGGCUCCCGGGAUUGAGGUCGACAGUCGUCAUCUUAGCGAAUCCGGUGAUGGUCACCUGGGCACUUGGAACUGGCUACCUCUGGAUCAAGACAGCCUACACCAAGCAGACCAUCGGAAUUACCAUCUCUGAGUUUCACAGACACAAUACCUUAGUGGAAGGCAUAAUGGCCAUCAUGGACGGGGGCAAUCUGACGAGCCACAUUGGAGCUGGUGAUCUUUCCGGGCUAGUCCUGGACGCUGGCAUUGUCUGCUUGGGUUUCAAGAUGUUCGAGUAUCGAAAAGAGUUAUGGGAAAGCUGCGUCACAGUAUUCACCACAUGCGCAAUACUCGCUGUGGUCAACGUCUUCCUCAACGUUCUCAUCGCUCACGUAAUCGGUUUGAAAUCUACCGACGCUCUCGCUUUCGCUGCUCGAUCCGUCACGAUCGCUCUGGGAGUCCCCGCGAUUCAGAACUUGGGCGGCAGUGCCACGAUUAUGAGCGCGAUGGUGAUAUUUGGCGGAAUUCUCUUCCAGAUGGCCGGAGACUGGGUAUUCUCCAUCAUGGGGAUACAAGAUCAGAAAUGCCAGCAGAAAUCUGACAGCAAUAGCGGCAGCGACUUGGAGAAGGGUUUCGUGGCGGAACUGGGCGAGAAGGAAUCACGGAGGAGGGCUGGUUCGGACAAUGCGGUCAUUGCGGCUGGCGUGGCAGUUGGUAUCAACGCGGCGGCUAUGGGAACGGCACACUUAAUCGAGCGAGACUCGAGGGCUACUGUGUAUUCUGCAUUGUCAAUGACUCUGUUCGGGGCUAUGACGGUAGCACUUACAGCCUUGCCCGGCGUUUCGGAGGCGGUGAUAUCUCUGUCAAAGCUGUGA